UUUCCGAUUCCUAACGUUCUUGUUCCGCCAAGAUGGAUAUGGAUAUGGACUCAGGCAUGUCUGGGGGUCCCGACCUCACAGAUGAGGGACUGGACAUGUCAAAUUCUACUGUGGCGUCAGAUUUCCUAGAUGCCUUGUUGGAUGACACGACCCUCCAGCAAACAGAUUAUGCUAUUGCUCGCGCCUUUUGGUACGGCAUUGUCAUUGUGAUCGUGCUUGUGGGUAUAGCCCACUGGACACAAUGGGCCUUACUCAAGUUACGAUUGCGCGCUGCGGCAGCAAAUCGCGCCCGGCCUGCUAGUCCUUCUAACCCAGUCACGUCCGCAUUGGCAGGCUGUACAGCAGUGUUUCGGGAAAUAUCUUAUCACCAACUCACUUUCACGAACUCAUGGCUUCGGAUCCCCACUAUUGGAUCUAUUGUACUUAUCUUAGGAUAUUUUGGGUACAUCAUGGGCCUGCAGUUUUAUGAAUGGGACUAUCCUGGUGCACAGUAUUGGCAAGCUCAAAGCAUUCGGGCGGGUUGGCUUACCAUUGCCCAAUUCCCGUUGGUCCUUCUUCUGGCUGGAAAGCGGAAUUUGAUUGGAUAUGCCGUGGGUAUGUCAUAUGAGCGUCUGCAGAUCUUACAUCGUUGGGUGGCCCGAGUCAUGCUGUUGACUGCCACUAUCCACGGUGCUGUUCAAACGUAUGGAUGGCACAAGUAUGGUGUGAUGAAGCUUGAAUUUGACACCGAUAGCUGCAUUCCUACAGGCUUUGCGACUUGGAUGAUUCUUGUAUGGUUGGUGUUGUCUGCAACUGCGCCGAUCCGCAACUGGCGAUAUGAGAUUUUCGUGGCUCAACAUAUCAUAACCUUUAUUGGCCUUGUCGUCGCUAUUUUCUAUCACUUGCCAUCCACCGCUUUGAGUUCAAGAAUAUACGCUUGGAUUGGUGUCGGCAUCUUCAUCCUCGACCGCCUGCUUCGGACUAUCAUCUUCACAUAUGUCAAUGCAAAGCCAGCGAAGGCUACUAUCACCGAGCUUCCUGGUGAUGUCACAAAAAUCCGCAUUGCUUCCCCCCGAAUCAAGAAGUGGGGCCCAGGACAACACGUCUUCCUGUCGAUUCCGAAGCUGGGACUUGGACAGUCACACCCAGCUACCAUUCUUUCAACUCCUUCAUCUCACAAAAAUGACCUCGUGUUCCUUCUAAGAGCCCACCGCGGCUUUACUCGGCGACUACUUGACUCUGCCCAGUCCUCCUCGGCUAAUCUACUUGAAAAGACCGAGGAUUCCCGAACUGUUCAAAUUGCAGGGCAACACCUCUCCCUCAUCGGUGGACCAUACGGAGGGUCCCAAUCUGAUUUCGCUGCCUUCGACACCGUCCUCCUCAUCUCCGGGUCAACUGGUAUUACAUUCACGUUGUCUAUCCUCCUCGACAUUGCGCACAGAGUGAAGACCCAGAAACUUCCUGUCCGACGCUUGGUGUUUGUUUGGGUGGUCCGAACUGUGUCCUGUACAGAGUGGGUCGCCGAUGAAUUACAGCAAGCAAUGGAAUCUCUUACCAGCGCUGGUAUCGAAGCCGAGGUACGCUUCUUUGUUACCUGCGAUGCUGAGCCAUCCGAGCCAUCAGAGAAGAAGAUCGGUUGCCCGUGCAAGAACACGGAAGGGCCAUGCUGUUGCAGUGGUCUCGGUUCUUCAAGUCUCCAAGUGCUUCCUGAUACAAUUGUCAAGUCAGAAGAUACAAAGGAUGUCAUUUCAACCUCUAUUCCUCAAGACACAGCGGAGACUUCCGUGCCAAUACCGGCCUCGAGCUAUACAUCUGGGCGACCGACGUUGAAACCCUUGCUCUGGGAAUUGUUGGAUCAUGCCAGGGGUGAGACCGGUGUCGCAGUCUGUGGGCCCUUAGGACUGGUUAGCAAUGUCAGAAACACGGUGGCUACAGUUAGCGAGGAGCGCGGUUCAAAUAAGGGAACUGGGGCUGAGGGGGUUUAUUUGCAUGCUGAGAGCUUUGCAUGGUGA